GGGGCGGGAACGGGGACUAGCUGUCUUCCCCGCCCUGCUGCUGGUGCCGCCGCCGCCGCCACCACUGCCUGCCGCGUCCGGUGGGAGCAGUUUCGCCGGGGCCAGGGGAGGUCUAGGUUUCCUUAAUAGGUGGAAACUGUCUGACUUGUUCCCAUUGUGGAUGAUCUUGACAGCAAAUCAACUCAGCCAUGUCAUACAGUGCAGGUUUUGGAGAUCCUAAUCAACUAGCCCAACGCAUAACUUCUAACAUCCAGAAGAUAACACAAUGCUCUGCCGAAAUACAAAGAAUACUACAUCAUCUUGGAACACCACAAGACACACCUGAUCUCAGGCAACAGCUGCAACAGAAGCAGCAAUAUACCAACCAGCUUGCCAAAGAAACUGACAAAUAUAUUAAAGAGUUUGGAUCUCUGCCUGCAACAAGUGAACAGCGUCAAAGAAAAAUACAGAAAGACCGUCUUGUGGGAGAGUUCACCACAGCUCUAACAAAUUUCCAAAGACUCCAAAGGCAAGCUGCUGAGAAAGAAAAAGACAUUGUAGCCAGAGUAAGAGCCAGCUCAAGAGUAUCGGGUGGUGCUCCUGAAGAUGCUUACAAAGAAGGAACACUUGUCUCUUGGGACAGUCAACCUCAAGCACAAGUACAAGAUGAAGAAAUUACAGAAGAUGACCUCCGUCUUAUUGAGGAGAGAGAGUCUUCCAUUAGGCAGCUUGAAGCAGAUAUUAUGGACAUCAAUGAAAUUUUUAAAGAUCUAGGAAUGAUGAUCCAUGAACAAGGUGAUGUGAUAGACAGCAUAGAAGCCAACGUGGAAAAUGCAGAAGUACAUGUGCAGCAAGCAAACCAGCAGCUGUCAAGAGCAGCAAACUACCAGCAAAAGUCCCGAAAGAAGAUGUGCAUCCUCAUUAUUAUACUUGCCAUUGGAGUGUUUCUUCUUGGAAUCAUCAUAUGGUUUUCUACGAGAUAAGCCUCUUCAGAAAGCAUUGUAAUUGGUAUUUAAAUUAUGAAAGGAAAUUCCUAGUCAUGGUUUUUGCUCAUUGUGAAGCUGAGUAAAGUAAUGGUUCUGUACUAUAUCACACUUACUUUUUUUUAUAAGACUUUUUGUUUUAACCUGAGAUGUCACGUUCUCAGUACUACCAUAAGUAUAACUGCCUGCUUUCUUGGAUGUGGGUGCUGUCUUACCAGAAAGAAAAACAGUCAAGGUCAUAAACUGUUCUGUUAACUUAAACAUAAAAACCUCUUAAGGUUUAGAGGGCUAAUCAAAAUCCUGAUGAUUUGUUUUGACAGGGCAGUUAAUUGUUUUUUGGGAUAUUCCUAAAUGUUGCUGCCAAAACACACUCCUGAACUGUUGCUCGAGGCAACAAAUUCCUGUCUCAGAAUUUAUUUUUAAGUUAGAAAUGUCUUUCUGUCUCUUCUUCCCAUCCCACCCGCCUGCCCAUUUGAUAUGGGUGGUUCAAAAAUGAAAAGUAGGUGGGCGAAGUUUGUGCCAUCCCUCUUUUUUGUAAGUGAAGCUUUUCAAUUAAGCCUUCAGUUUGCCUGAAAUCUUUUAGAUGCUUCUGUAGAUCUCCGUGUCUGGCAUUGACUGUGGUUGUGCCUGGAAGCCUCCUGCAAAGGUAGGUAGGGUGGAUGAUGCAAUUAUGUGGAUUUUUUCAUUUGAGUUCCUGCAUUAAGAAAUACCGUGUUUUAUGUGCACACAUCUAGUAUCCUUACAACUAAAGUGUACAUCAGUGAGCUUGGCUAGAUGAAAAUAAGAUCUAGUCUAUGAAUUCUUAGAAUUACUGGAAGGAAUGGAAAUUCCCAACUUCCUAACUGCACUUAAAUAUUACUGUUCAUGGAAACUUAAUCACUGCAGUUUCAGAACAGAUCCAAAGUUGUAUGUCAGAUGUUUCAUACAGAUGAAGAAAAUUAAAGUUCAAUUCCAAGUUCAGCAGUGGUAUUCGAAAUUAAGUUGAAAGCAAUUGAACUGAUUCAAACUAUUUAAGCUGUUUGAUGCUUAUAAUGACCUUUAAAAUGACCUUUUUCCUUUUGUGCCAUUUUGUACUAAUAUAUUAAAAACGUAACAACACUUUUUUGCCAAUUAAUCUAUUUGCCUUUUUAAUUGAUCUUGAUAAACUAAUCUAAAAGUGUACAGAUGAAAAAGCCGCUUAAUCUGUAUUUUGUAAAGUUCUUGUACACUAGACUGGUAGAGAAUGCACUGUUUACAUGGCAAACUAUGAAUUAUUACUUGGGAACAAUCUAACUGUAAGCAUAAAUAGACUUCCGAAUUGUAACUAUUCAACCAAAAUAAAGGUCUUUUAAAGAGUA